UCUCCCUGUCCCCUUUCCACCCCCUAACCCUCAUCCCUUUCUCAUUCUGUUUUAGAGCUAUAGUAUAGAUUUGUGAGAAACCAUUCCUUUCCCCAACCUCCUUGCUUUUUCUUCCUUCCUUUGGACUUUCUAACCUAUAGAGGAUUUCUGAGAAAUGCUGGACUGCAGUGACUAUGUUCUAGACUCAAGAAUGAACAAUCCGUCAGAAACGAGUAAACCAUCUAUGGAAAGUGGGGAUGCCAAUACAGGUACACAGACAAAUGGCCUAGACUUCCAGAAGCAGCCUGUUCCUGUUGGAGGAGCAAUCUCUUCAGCUCAGGCUCAGGCCUUCCUUGGACACCUCCAUCAGGUCCAACUCGCUGGAACAAGUUUACAGGCUGCUGCUCAGUCCUUAAAUGUACAGUCUAAAUCUAAUGAAGAAUCUGGGGACUCCCAGCAGCCAAGCCAGCCUUCCCAGCAGCCUUCAGUGCAGGCACCCAUCCCCCAAACUCAGCUCAUGCUGGCUGGAGGACAGAUAACAGGGCUUGCCUUGACACCGGCCCAGCAGCAGUUACUGCUACAGCAGGCACAGGCCCAGCUGCUAGCAGCCGCAGUUCAGCAUUCGGCCAGCCAGCAGCACAGUGCUGCGGGCGCCACCAUCUCAGCCUCCGCUGCAACACCGAUGACGCAGAUUCCCCUGUCGCAGCCCAUACAGAUCGCACAGGAUCUGCAACAGCUACAGCAGCUGCAACAGCAGAAUCUCAACCUGCAACAAUUUGUGUUGGUGCAUCCAACCACCAGCUUGCAGCCAGCACAGUUUAUCAUCUCACAGACGCCACAGGGGCAGCAGGGCCUCUUACAAGCGCAGAAUCUUUUAACACAACUACCUCAGCAAAGCCAAGCCAACCUCCUGCAGUCUCAGCCAAGCAUCACCCUCACCUCACAGCCAGCAACCCCUACACGCACAAUAGCAGCAACCCCAAUUCAGACACUCCCACAGAGCCAGUCAACACCAAAGCGAAUUGAUACGCCCAGCUUGGAGGAGCCCAGUGACCUUGAGGAGCUUGAGCAGUUUGCCAAGACUUUCAAACAAAGACGGAUCAAGCUUGGAUUCACUCAGGGUGAUGUUGGGCUCGCUAUGGGCAAACUCUAUGGAAAUGACUUCAGCCAAACUACCAUCUCUCGCUUUGAAGCCUUGAACCUCAGCUUUAAGAACAUGUGCAAGUUAAAGCCACUUCUAGAGAAGUGGCUCAAUGACGCAGAGAACCUCUCGUCUGAUUCUACACACUCUAGCCCAAGCGCCCUGAAUUCUCCAGGGCAGGGGAUUGAGGGUUUGAACCGCAGGAGGAAGAAACGCACCAGCAUAGAGACCAACAUCCGUGUGGCCUUAGAGAAGAGUUUCCUGGAGAAUCAAAAGCCUACCUCGGAAGAAAUCACCAUGAUUGCUGAUCAGCUGAAUAUGGAAAAGGAGGUGAUCCGUGUUUGGUUUUGUAAUCGCCGUCAGAAGGAGAAAAGGAUUAAUCCACCUAGUAGUGGUGGGACCAGCAGCUCACCUAUAAAAGCAAUUUUUCCCAGUCCAACCUCACUGGUGGCAACCACACCAAGCCUUGUGACAAGCAGUGCGGCCACUACCCUGACGGUCAAUCCCGUACUCCCCCUAACCAGCGCUGCAGUAACCAAUCUUUCUGUUACAGGCGCUACAGAAACCACCUCCAACAACACCACAACAGUGAUUUCGACAGCACCUCCAGCUUCCUCAGCAGUGACACCCCCCUCUCUGAGCCCCUCCCCUUCUGCCUCCGCCUCGGAGGCGUCCAGUGCCAGCGAGACCAGCACGACACAGACCACCUCCGCCCCUCUGUCCUCCCCUCUUGGGACCAGCCAGGUGAUGGUGACGGCAUCCGGGCUGCAGACAGCAGCAGCUGCUCUCCAGGGAGCUGCCCAGUUGCCUGCAAAUGCCAGUCUUGCUGCAAUGGCUGCUGCAGCAGGAUUAAGUCCAGGGCUGAUGGCACCCUCACAGUUUGCAGCUGGAGGUGCCUUACUCAGUCUCAACCCAGGGACACUGGGCAGUGCUCUCAGCCCAGCUCUGAUGAGCAACAGUACACUCGCGACCAUUCAAGCUCUUGCAUCUGGUGGAUCUCUUCCAAUAACAUCACUGGAUGCAACUGGGAACCUGGUAUUUGCCAAUGCAGGAGGAACUCCUAACAUCGUGACUGCCCCACUGUUCCUGAAUCCUCAGAACCUCUCUCUGCUCACCAGCAACCCAGUUAGCCUGGUCUCUGCAGCUGCAGCCUCCGCAGGGACCUCUGGACCGGUUGCCAGCCUUCAUGCCACCUCCACCUCAGCUGAGUCCAUCCAAAACUCUCUCUUCACUGUGGCCUCUGCUAGUGGGGCUGCUUCCACCACCACUACUGCCUCUAAGGCACAGUGAGCUGGGCCGAGCCGGGCUGCCACCAGCCUUCUUUACUUUGCAGAGUGAUUGGCUACUGGCUGGGUUUAAAACUGAAAAUAUGAUUGGCUUCCUCUCACCGUGUUGCUGGGGACAAGGGAGAGAAGGAAAACAAACAAAAACAGGAAGGAUGGAAAGAUGGGACAGACAUUUGCCUAAUUUUGUAAUAAACACUGUCUUUUCAGGAUUGCUUCAUGGAUUGGAGAACUUUCUAACCAAAAAUGUAAAAAAACAAAAACACAAAAAAACAAAAAAAUUAAGUAAAAGGACUACUUAUCAUUUCCAGCAGUCACGAUGACAAGUUAAGGUGGGUUAACAUUUCCAACAUAGGAAGGGGAUUUCUUGUUUGUCUAAAUAUCUUUUUCUUUUUUUAAAAAAAAAUCAUUUUUAUGGGUCUGUUGUACAGGCCAUUAUGUCAUAACAAGGUGUUUAUAAUCGUAUCAAUUGUGUUGGGGGUUCCUUUCUUAACUGGUACAAUUUAGGCAGGCCUGUAUUACUGUAUCUCUUUUAUUAUUAUUAUUAUUAUUAUUGUUGUUGUUGUUAUUUUUAUAACCAUAUAUAUACAUAUGUAUAUGUAUAUAUAUAUAUCUAUAUAUAUCUAGUUUGGACAUGUUUAUCUCUUGCUCCUGGAUUCUUUUUCAGUGAGCUCCCAUGCUGUGGGGAGAGGAGUAUUGGGGGCAAGGGAAGAGUUUAUGUUCUUAACUUUGGGGAAUGUUCUUGCUGGUUUCCUCAUCCUUGCUGACUCUUACAGAGGUGCUAGAAAAUAAUUUUCUUUGGUCACUUAUGCAAGAGGCUUGAUGCAGAAGCUGAAGGAGGGCAGUGUGUGCAAAUGCCCCACAUCAGGUGGUGCCUGUAGAGCACUUUUGUGCAGGAAGAAAUUCCUGCUGAGCUGUAGCUCUCAUUCACCCCGAAACAUUGAAUAACCUACCCUCAGGGCACCCCUGUGCUCUCUCUUACUUUGUGUGGAAGACAUGGAUGUGUUGCAAGUCAGGGUUUGGUUCUAAAGAGCAAUGACUACUGCAAACCCUGACUUGGUAGUUUUCCUCCACUCUUAUUUCAUGAAAAUGUUAUUUAAUUUAGUGGAGGAUGACUUUAUCAUGAUAUUCAGGUUUCUCUCACCUAACUUAACUUACUUGGCAAAGUACAAAUCAAUUUACUAAAAUGGUGACAGCCUUUCUCCCAUGUAGUUUUUUCCUUGAAGAAAUUACAUUGGAUGGUUAUCCACUGAUUUAUUUUGUUUCUCUCAAGAGGGGUGAUGAGAGGGACUUUGAGAACAUAGCCUUUCCCUCCUGCUAGGCCUUUUCAUCAAAUGGCUUCUUAAGUAUCUCUUGCCACCACCCUAAUGGUACUCUUGACUGAAGGAGGCCUUGGGCCUUCCAGUGGAGCUGCAUAACCUGUGAAAGAGAGAGCCAUGUCUUUUGACCAGAUGCAGGGACUUUGCACACACCUGAAGGGUCUUUGUGGUUUGUUAGUGAUGCUGCUGCUCAUGGGCAUCUCUUCUCGGACUGCAAGCAGCUUCUGAAGUUGUUUUCAGGGUCGUUUCUGGUCCAUGUAAAUGAGCCAGUUGAAAAGGAAAAGUUCAUGAAGAUGGAUGAGGAGAGAUGAGGAGUAAUUCAGAGACUAGAUCUGUUGUUUUGUAUUUCUUUCCUUUGAUGCGCCAUUAGAGUACCUGAACCAAAAAAUGUCCAAAAAGAGACUGGAUCGCUGCAAUGCAGGUCACCCCAAGCUUGCCCCAACCCAUUGGAGCUAAAGGUUUCCUUCCAUUUUGUGUCUGUGUGUGCUUGCUUUCAUCUUGGGUGAGCCCAAGAAUGCACUUUGUGGGGGGUGGGGUGCUAGGGGUUCAGAAAACGCUUGCACGCGGUUUUCUUUCAAAUAACUUCAGUUUUGCCUAGGUCCAUAAGGGAUCUAGGACCCUGUGUGUAUUUGUAUCUCUCUUUACUUGCGAUCAAAAAAAAAAACAACGAUGCAGACACAAGAGUACACUGUUAUUUGUGAUUCAUGUAUAUGGAAUUCACAUGAACACUGAAGUGUCAGAAACCUUUCUCUCCUUUACUCAAUUUCUUCUGCCUCUUUUUACUACUUUUUCCCAGAAUAUUUAAUUACCACCCUUAAUUCCCUUCCUCUUCUCUCUCUUUGUCCUUCCCCAACAAAACCCUUCAAAACUAGUGAACUGCAAGCAGGGAAACUAACAAAUGUCCGUCCACCUUUUUAUGUGUGGUUUUUUUAUGGUUUUUUUUUUAAACUAAGCUUGAACCAAAGUCAAUUUUUUAGCAAGCUGCUGUACUAAUGGACUAGUUUGUAUAAGUGCAGUUCAGACACAGUGAGGAGAUAGAUGCUACUGACAAUUUCUUUUUCAUUUGUCCUUUAUUAAUUUUAUAUAAAAGUUGCUGCUUGUUUUUAAUCUUUUUUUGUUGGUAAUUUGUAUGAUCCUUGGGGCAAACUCUAACUUGAUUUAUAAAUAGUUUUUUUUAGUUUGGUGUGUAAAUAGAAUGGCAGCAUGGUUACUAAUUUUCCUCCUCUUCCUCCCAUUAUUCCUCUGGUGUGGAUAAAUUGAAUAUUCUGUUGAGAUUUAACAUCUAUGGUUUUAGUCUGUGCAGAUAUUUUUAGGGCUGUGAGUACUGUAGUUUCCCACAGUAAUAAUGGGGCCUCUCCUUUGGGAGUGGCAAAAACGAGGAGGGAAGGAUUCAGGGAGGAUGAUGCUGAAUACCUCACCAUAUUGGUUUAGAGGUUAUGUCAUUAGUUUUCCAUAGUUGUUACCAAAGGAGAUAAAUCCCCAGGGACUCGAGUCCAGUGAAUUAAGAGGAUAGAAAAAGUUAAUGAAUUUUUUGCUUUGUAUUUGAGUCUCAAAAAAUACCCUUCACCCAAUAAGAUUCACCAGUAGACUUUCUUUUUGAGGGUAAUGCUAAGCUUUAAGUAACUGAUAUGAUGGUCUUUUCUCUCCUGCACUAUCAGUGCCCUCUUUAUUCUCAUUUGGGAUAAAGGGAUUGUGCUUUUUAUUUAGGGAACCACUAAUAACAUAGGCCUUAAGCCAGCAUAGGAAAUCUCUGUGGUUUUAAAGGACUAUAUCAUUGGCAACAAAAUAACUUUUAAAAAACUUCUUCCUCAUUUGUUUCAACAUGAGUUAUAAGAGGGAGAGUUAGCUUGAUAAAUAAUAUAUCUAGAACACUAAUAUAGUUUGUCAGGUGUUUUAUUUUUAAAUUCCAUUUCUUUGUGUAUACACACACACACACACACACACACACUCUCUCUUUCUUGAUCCAGUUUAGACUUUUUUUAUACUAUUAUUUUUCAUAGCAUUCUAGAAAUGUUAUUGAAGUAUCCCCUAACCUUUUUUUUUCCUUCACUUUUUAUGGAAGUUCUAAAAGUUCAAAGGAGCUGCCUGUGCAGGAAUUGAUGCCUGGUGUAUUUGUCUAGUUCUGCUACCAAGAAAAUGAUUGGAACUAGCUUAUUAGGACUCAGAUUCUAAGUUAUUUUUUUCUCCCUUUCCUUCCUACUUACAAAACUUUAAUUUGAACCCUCACUAUUUAAUUCUUAAGCUUUUCUCUAGUUCUUAAAUGCCUGUAUCCAUCAGUAUACUUGUAUUCUGUUUUCUAUCAAAAGUAAAAUUUGAUCAUGAAUUUUGUUCACCUCCAGCAUCAGUCUAAAAGUGGAACAGAAGGACUGGAGAAAGGAUAGCUGUGCUCAAAUGAAAUUUUUUAAUAGGACCAAUGUUAAAAUUUGGAAUUCACAAUUGCUAUUUUAACUUAAACAUAUCAAUGUGUGAUCUUGAAAUAAGUAUGAGAAAACUCAAAGGCAAUACUAUUAUAAUUGGAUUUUGAAAAUUUGGGGCAUUGACAUGAAGUUUAGAAUAAAUAGUAUUUUUCUUAACAAGUAAGAAAAAACAAAGAUUGCUGAGAGCAUGACUUCAGAUGGAGAGUCACUUUUUAGAAUGAAAAUUUUUUUUCUGUCCCCUCUAAUGCCCAAGGCUGGUUUAAUAUAUAUUUUCUUGGAAGAAAAAAAAUUCUUAAUUUUACAAAUUCUCCUUCAUCUACCAUUGCUACCUAUCAGGAUUUUUUCUCUUAAAUUUGAUGAUAAACAUCAGGACUUUCUGUUUUUAUUGUGCUCCCACUUUUCAUACUGCAGAACUGGAAUUAAUUUAUUUAAUCAUAUCCUAUUUACAUCCUUUGAAAGUAUUUUGGCUUCUUAAAAUAUAGAGAAAGUGAAACAUGACAGAAAAAUUGCUAUUUAGGUCCAUUUGCUCAGAAUUAGGCUUGUUUUUUGUUUUAUGUUUGGUAUUGCUUCCUAAAAUCCCUGAAUAUAAUUAGUAAGAGCAUAAAGAAAGAAGAAGGUCAGAACCCAUUUCAACAUGGAAAAGAGGCCAAGUUACCAGCAUUUAUGCUUAGUGAAAUGAUUUCAAGAAGUUUUCUCAGCACAGAACUGGGAGGAGGAGUGAGUUUAAUAGGAAAUAUGUGGGCCCUGUAAACACAGUAAAUUUGGGUAGAAUUAUAGAGGGAGUAUUUAUGACUGAUGUCAGGAAAGCAAAUCUCUCAGGGUAUAUUCAUUUUCAUUUUUAUGGAACAGAGAUGGAAAUCCUCUUUACAUAACAUAUAAACUCUUUGAAUUCAUAAAAUUAAUAUUAGGAGUGAGUAUCAUGCAUAGCAGGUAAUUUCAUAACAUGCUUGGUUGUUUUGAUUUAGCUGAAGGAUAUAACCAAGUGCCCAACAUUCAAAUUCUUCUGCUAAUGGCUGGAAAAGCAUGAAAUAGCCAACUCAUUUGCCUUCUUGUAUAGCCUGUUGGAUGAAUCUUUCCCAGCAUUAGGGCUGAUACAUGCAGCAUUGACUUUUCUUCACAGUACAUUUGGUCUCUGACACGAAGCACACACAGGGUUGUUUAGUUAGAUUUCAUGAUGCCUUGAAUUCAUUGAGUGAACAAGCUAUAUGAGUAAUGGGAAGAAAAUUCAGUGCCAUAUACAUUAGGCUUUUGAAAUUUGGAAUGAUAUAAUGGAGUAAUCCUAUUUGAGAUUUGUAGCUGGAUGAAAAGAGCCCAAAUUAAUAAAAAUUGACCAUUAUCAUUGCUUGUACUUGGCAUAUUAGAUAACAUGUGAUGCACACAGAACAAUAUAUGAAAUAUAGAAAAGAAGAAUGGAUAAUCUCUCUUGAUGGACUUUUUCUGGAUAAAGUAUUUGGAUGAUGUUUCCAGUAAAAGUUCAGCCAAUUGAUUCCAAACACUUUUUGAAAGUCAGAUGUUUUGAACAGCCCCUAAAACCCUUUGUUUAGAUCACCACUUAGGGUGAAAUGUACUUUGAUCUGUACACUUUGACAUCAAAGUUAAACCUCAUUAAAAUGAACUUUUAAGUGACCUAAAUAUACCACAUUAUCCUUCCAUUUAGCCACUAAAGGUGUAAUGUAAUGGUAGCCUAGGAAUUUUAUUAUGCCAUGUCUAUGUUUGAUGCUUUUAUUGACACAUUUUCUGAAAUUAAAUUGGUUCCUUAUGAAGAGCAUUCAUUUUUAGAUUUCUCCCACUUGAACAUUCCUCUACUUUUUCAGGAAAAUAGUUGUGAGAAAGGGGGGAAAAUUAUGAAAGGUUUUUUUUUUAAUAAUCAUUCCUAUUUGGGACUAUAACUUUACAAAAGAAUUAAAAAAUAAAGCACACUGCUUUUUUGUUGUUGUUAAAUUUUAUAUACACACACACACAUGCUUCUAAACAUUCUAAGUUAUUGUCUAGACCUAUAUAAUUUUUCAUUUAAAAGUCAUCUUUAAUUGGUUUGUAAUGUGCCAUUCAUUUGGUACUCAGAAUAGAGGCCAUUUAACUGUUCACACAGAUAUAAACUAUUAGUGGUUUGAUUCUAAAUUGUCACUGUUUUAUAGUCAUGGGAUUCUAUUAGUUGAAAUAUUAAUUUGCCUGAUAAGAGUCUUCUCUGUGAGUCAAAUCCAUUUGCUCACCUUACCCCUGAAAGAGUGCAUCUAAAAGAAUUUAUCUCUAAUAUGUGGUGUGGUCAUGCCUAUGUGAAAUAUAUAUAUUGUAGCAUCUUUAAAAAUUGCUAAUCCCAAGAAGAGAGUGAUUUUUAACUGACAAGUAUUUCUAGUGAGAUUAUCUAGCAUAAUUGUAAAACUUGGGCCUCACUAAUUAGCAUUGUUAAAAAUAAUUUAACAGCUUACUAAAAAUAAUACAUACCAAACAAGUAUAAUUAUGCAUACUUACUUCUGGGGGAUAUCUAAGAGGCAGUGAGCUUCAGGCUGUGCUCAAGGAAUAUGUGUAGCCAAUAAUUUUCAGUUAUUCAGGAAAAUAGGUUAAAGCCUGGGCCUAAAUUUCCCAGAACCAUAGCAAAUUAAUUCAGUUUUUAAUUAGGACCCAACAUAUAACAUUAAAAUUAUCACUUAAUCUGCUGGUUAAAAUUGUAUCCAUUGCAAAACUAGAAAACAUUAUUGUAAACUUUUAAAAUUCUUAAGCCUAAUAGGAAUCAUUUCCAUGUGAUAGAAAAUAUACUGACAGAACUAUUUGUGGAUUAAAGUUAAGGACAAUUCCCCACCCUUUUCAGCCUCAUAGAACCUUUCAAAACUUUUUUCCCCAAAAAGAAAAUCUUAAGUGUAUAGGGAUUUUUCAUAUUGUUGUUUUUUUGUUGGUGGUGGGUUGGGUUUUUUUUGUUGGUUUUUUUGUUUUUUCAGGGGAGAGGAGAUUACUGUCUGGGAAGGGUAAGCAGAAAAGCAGGUGAGGGGAAAUCAUUAGGAAAAGAGAGGGGGUGCUGUAAGGCUGUUCUGGUCUCUGUAAACCACUAAUAGUUUUCCAAGACGAAUCCUCACUUUAGGAAAUAGUUUAGAAAGAGAUCUAAAGAAUUAAGUAUGAUAGGUUAUUCAAAGCCCCUCUGAGAGUCUCUGAAAUGAACUUCAGCUUUAUUUCUCUCCCCCUGUCAAUCAAAGGUAAAAUGAGCAAAAACAUGUAGUGUAAUUUUUCAAAAGGUCUGAAAAGUUGAUGAAAGAGGAAAAAAGACUUGAAAAUGAAUGACCUCAACAGAGGUGAGUUCACACUCUAUUAAUUUAAUUGCAACUUAGCCAUUUGAGAAAAAUAUUCAAGUCUUGACAUUUCCAGGAGUAAACACCAGUCAUUUUGCAAACAUCUCCCUUAGGUUCAGUCCUGUAAAACCUGGAGAUAGAUAGAACCUUGUAGAAGAUUCACUGCCACAGAAGAGGAGGAAUUCACUUGUUCUUUACCAUCCUUUUUCUCAUGAUUCA